UCGCUAAAAUUAAUUAAUCAACGCUGGUGGGGGUGGGUGGGGAGGACUCUUCUCCGUCGCCACUAUCUGAUCCCCCUCCCUCCUCGCUUACUUUGCUUUCUCAGUGCCAUCGGCGGGUUGGUACUUGGUAGAAUUUCAUACUUGGUCAUCUUCUUGGAAGCCCCCAAAUCCACAAUGGCGGAGCCAACAGCAGAAGCAAGUGAAACCUCCCAGAAUUCAAAUCGUGCGGUAGACCAGAACCACGGCACUUCCGUUUCUCAUUUCCCAAAUCACGGCAUCAAGCCCCAGCACGAGUUUUCAGAAGAACAAGUAAGACCCAUUCUCGAAGUAAUUGCCGCCACUGGGAAGUUUUGGCAUGAAUGGGACAAAUUGAAGGGUAUGCUGUCCUUCUACCUCAAGCAGGUCCUAUCUCAAUACCCAGAGGCAAAAUUAAGUAGUGAGCAACAAAUUUCUUCAAUGGGAGAGACCUUCCUUGAGUUGGUGAAAAGGUUGGAUGAUGCUCUUCAGAGCUUUGUUGAGGGCCCUCCAUUUACACUACAGAGGGUUUGUGAGAUUUUGUUGGCGGCAAGAACCAUUUAUCCCAAUCUUUCGAAGCUUGCCUUGGCCCUGGAAAAGAAUUUGUUGGUGACAUCUGUGUUGACCAUCUCUACAGAUCUCUGUCCUGGAACAUCUGACCCAAGAUUGACUACAGGGGGAAGAGAAAAUGAGGAGCCCAAUGCUAAAUUGGAAUCCACGCAAAAUGGUGUCCAACCUUUGGCAGGGGACAAGGAUGAAAUAAUGACAGAAGUUCAGGCUUCUGAGGUUGACGAGGAUAUGACAAUUGACAUGGAAACCUUCGAAGAAAUAGUUAGAUCAUCAGAGACAAAUUCUACACCUACUUGUGAUUCAGAAUCUUCCAGUCUCUGACAUCCACCACAAGUCUCAGUUCUCUGUUUUUUUUUUUGGAGGGGG